GGCUGCCACGACUUGCCGUCUGCGGCGGCGGCGGCGGCGGCGAGCGGAUCCCGCAGGGGAAGGAGGAGGAGGAGGGGAGAGCCAAGGGGGCUGUGAGUGAGCGGGAGAAGCAGGGUUUUAGUCGGGCUUGCCCGCGGGACGGAGAACGAGCGAGAGUCGAGCCAGCCAUCCGAGCCGCCUCCUCCUCCUCCCCUCGGGCGUCCCGCCCCCGCCUGCCAGCCGGCCCUCCUCCUCUCUCAGCCCGCAGAGCCCGAGUGAGGCGCAGCUCGGCUAGCGCCGCUGUCCAGGACAGGUGUGCGCGCGCGCCCUCCUCCCCUCCCCCCUUCCUCGCGCCUGCCUGGCGUCUGCCUCGCGCGCUCCCGCCCGCCCUCACCUGCGGCAGGACAGCGCCAGCCCGCCCGGAUCUCGCGAGAGUGGCUGACUGGCUGUGGGGGUUGCGGCGGCGGCAGCAGGCGGAGCCGGGGAGGGAAAGCAGCGGCGGCUGAGGCGACUGAGGCGGCGGGCGGAGCGGCAGGCGGCGGCGGCGCGGCAGCGGAGCGCAGCAUCAUGGCGGACCGAGACAGCGGCAGCGAGCAGGGUGGUGCGGCGCUGGGCUCGGGCGGCUCCCUGGGGCACCCGGGCUCGGGCUCAGGCUCCGGCGGGGGCGGUGGUGGCGGCGGGGGCGGCGGCGGCAGUGGCGGCGGCGGCGGAGGGGCCCCGGGGGGGCUGCAGCACGAGACGCAGGAGCUGGCCUCCAAACGGGUGGACAUCCAGAACAAGCGCUUUUACCUGGACGUGAAGCAGAACGCCAAGGGUCGCUUCUUGAAGAUCGCUGAGGUGGGCGCGGGCGGCAACAAGAGCCGCCUCACUCUCUCUAUGUCAGUGGCCGUGGAGUUCCGCGACUACCUGGGCGACUUCAUCGAGCACUACGCGCAGCUGGGCCCCAGCCAGCCGCCCGACCUGGCCCAGGCGCAGGACGAGCCGCGCCGGGCGCUCAAGAGCGAGUUCCUGGUGCGCGAGAACCGCAAGUACUACAUGGAUCUCAAGGAGAACCAGCGUGGCCGCUUCCUGCGCAUCCGCCAGACGGUCAACCGGGGGCCCGGCCUGGGCUCCACGCAGGGCCAGACCAUUGCGCUGCCCGCGCAGGGGCUCAUCGAGUUCCGUGACGCUCUGGCCAAGCUCAUCGACGACUAUGGAGUGGAGGAGGAGCCGGCCGAGCUGCCCGAGGGCACCUCCUUGACUGUGGACAACAAGCGCUUCUUUUUUGACGUGGGCUCCAACAAGUAUGGUGUGUUUAUGCGAGUGAGCGAGGUGAAGCCCACCUACCGCAACUCCAUCACCGUGCCCUACAAGGUGUGGGCCAAGUUUGGACAUACCUUCUGCAAGUACUCGGAGGAGAUGAAGAAGAUUCAAGAGAAGCAGAGGGAGAAGCGGGCUGCUUGUGAGCAACUCCACCAGCAGCAGCAGCAGCAGCAGGAGGAGACCGCCGCUGCGACUCUGCUACUGCAGGGUGAGGAAGAGGGGGAAGAAGAUUGAUCAAACUGAAUGGAAACCCCCCCCCGCACAUGCAUACACACACAUACUACACACACACACACAGCCACACAGAGAAAAUAUACUGUAAAGAAAGAGAGAAAAUAAAAAGUUAAAAAGUUAAAAAAAAAAAAAAAACUUAACUCCAAGGGAGCACCACCCACAGAACCUCCACCAACUGACAGUUUCUCUUCUUGACUUGCCACCCAUCGCUGGAUGUUGUCCACUUUAUCCACCAUAUAAAACAGUAAGCAGCUGCUAAAAACAAAAAACAAAACAAAAAAAAUACAAAAAGUAAUAACAUUAUAUGAACUGUGUUUCCUACUUGAUUAAAAAAUAUAAAGAACUGAGUGUUUAUUUCCCUAAUUAACCAAGAACUUUUGUACACGUUUAAGCUAUUAUUAUUAAAAGUGUUUGCAAAAUGGUCAAGAUUAUAAUAUUGCUGAAUUAUAUAAAAGUCCUUUUCAUGUUGAGCUAACAUUUGACUUUAGCACAAAAAAGAGAUAUUUUAGAACACGUAAAAUAAUAUUUUUAGUUUUUCUCAUUUUGUUACCAAAUUUCAAACCUUACAUGGAGGUUAUUAUAGUAUAUUUGACACCCUAUAUACCUGUGAUUAGAGAUGUGUAUAUAUAUAUGAGGGCUAGGCAUGCUGUGUGUCUGAGCUUUGUCUAAAUGUUAUGCAGAAGUUUGUAGAGUUAAAGGUACGUAGGUUUAAUUCAUGCAAGGUAAACAAUAAGUGCUCUCUUUUAUACAAUAUGCAUUGCAUCUGGACCUUAAACAUAUAAAAAAUGGUCAGUGAAACUUCUGUGAACAUGAAGAAAUUAUUAAAAAAGGCAUUUAAAUGAAA